CGGGGGUGGGGUCACCGGCGGUGGCUCGGGGAGGCCAGCUGGGAGGGGAGGGGGCCGUGGGGGCGGCUCGGCGGAACCGGCCGCGGCUGGGGAGCAGCGGCGAGGCCGGGGGCCGGGGCCAGGGCGUUCCGGGCUUCGCUGAAGCCGCCGCGGGCCCCAUCUUCCGGCGGUCGCCGGAGUUUGUGGUGAUUGUUGCUGCCUCCGCCACCGCCCCGGCUGCCAUCUCCUCCUCCUGGGCCGCCGCCUCCUCCUCUUCCUCCUCCUCCUGGGCCGGGCCGAUCCCCUCCCCGCCGCCGCCUCCUCCUGGGCUGGGCCCGCGGUGUCUCGUCCCCUCGCGGAGCCGCUCCUGCCGCCGCCGCCGCCGCCUCCUCAUUCAUCCUCGUGCACCAUAGGCGGCACAGGCACCAAGAUGUCCAACCGAGUGGUCUGCCGGGAAGCCAGUCACGCCGGGAGCUGGUACACAGCCUCAGGACCGCAGCUGAACGCACAGCUAGAAGGUUGGCUCUCACAAGUACAGUCUACAAAAAGACCUGCUAGAGCCAUUAUUGCACCCCACGCAGGAUAUACGUACUGUGGGUCUUGUGCUGCUCAUGCUUACAAACAAGUGGAUCCAUCCAUUACCCGGAGAAUUUUCAUCCUUGGGCCUUCUCAUCAUGUGCCCCUCUCUCGAUGUGCACUUUCCAGUGUGGAUAUAUAUAGGACACCUCUGUAUGACCUUCGUAUUGACCAAAAGAUUUACGGAGAACUAUGGAAGACAGGAAUGUUUGAACGCAUGUCUCUGCAGACAGAUGAAGACGAACACAGUAUUGAAAUGCAUUUGCCUUAUACAGCUAAAGCCAUGGAAAGCCAUAAGGAUGAGUUUACCAUUAUUCCUGUACUGGUUGGAGCUCUGAGUGAGUCAAAAGAACAGGAAUUCGGAAAACUCUUCAGUAAAUAUCUAGCGGAUCCUAGUAAUCUCUUUGUGGUUUCUUCUGAUUUCUGCCAUUGGGGUCAAAGGUUCCGUUACAGUUACUAUGAUGAAUCCCAGGGGGAGAUUUAUAGAUCCAUUGAACAUCUAGAUAAAAUGGGUAUGAGUAUUAUAGAACAAUUAGACCCCGUAUCUUUUAGCAAUUACUUGAAGAAAUACCAUAAUACUAUAUGUGGAAGACAUCCCAUUGGGGUGUUAUUAAAUGCUAUCACAGAGCUCCAGAAGAAUGGAAUGAAUAUGAGCUUUUCCUUUUUGAAUUAUGCCCAGUCAAGCCAGUGUAGAAACUGGCAAGACAGUUCAGUGAGUUAUGCAGCGGGAGCACUCACGGUCCACUGAAGCUCUGAAUCCUCAGGGAUGCCACCUGCACAUACUCAUUCUCUGUCCGGGGUCCCAGCCUAGCCCUUACCAAGAUACUGGUCCUGGUUUGGGGGGAUUCUGAAACCUCAAACUAAUAGAACUUUCUUCUCUUCUUUUCUAGUAGGUGUAGUCCUUCCUUAAUUUCAACUCAUUAAAAAAUGCUUUAUAGUUUAGGGCAGUGGAAGGAAGGCUGGCAUCAAAAUAUUUUGAUCAAAAAAGAUGGCAAUGUAAAGGCCCAGUUGUGGGAGACAGUUUUUUUGAGAGUAACUUGUAAAGCAUUUACCAUAUCCUAAAUUUGCACUCUUUGCAGACUUGUGCACAUAUAUUCCGCUUUCAGAAUAGUUUUGCAAAUUGUACACAAACAAACAAAAAAGGGUGGAAGCUUUUUAAUAAAGAAAUUGCAUUUAUAAAUGAUCUGUAUUAGAAUAUAAUAAAUCUCCAGUUAUAGUCAAUUACUACCCGUGUUGUACAACAGAUACCUUCUAUUUUAGUUGCUAAUAAAGGGCUACACAACUCAAAA